GCGUACACAAAUCGAUUUUUUACUCAAGAAGCUAGGCUAAAACAGCCAUUAUUGUUAUUUAUCAAGCUACUCUCGCGAGAUUUGACGAUUUUAGUGUUAGACAAGUGUUGCUGCAAUUUCUAAAUUAGAAAGAUUCAUUAGCAACUGACUGGAGAUAAGUGAAAGCAAGCAUUGUUCUCUCGUAAUUCCGUUUGCGAGUCAAGGUUUGGAACAAUUUAACACAUACACACGACGUCGUGUAGGUCGCCGUCAAAAGAUUUGGCGGACGCCACCGAGGUCUGGUCUGCUUUGCAAUUGCAUUUCGUAUGGAGCGGAUCGUAUAUCGAUGUUGCGAUACCGUUUUCAUCGUUCAACUCGUCACGCUGCUGACAUGAUCAUCACAUUCAAAGCAGAGACUGCUUUCUUGUUCAUCACUUGAGAACUGUGUUGAUUCUGAUGCCAGAUCACAGGAAUGGAUGUAAAUGAGUUUAGCAUAAGGGGAGAUGUGGACUGUAGGAAGCCACGACUUGUACAUACCAGUGAAUCGUCCAAUCACAAUGGACAUGUCAGCACAAUAAACCUUUCCUAUCAGAUUGUUUUACAAGACCACAACUAUGGAGCUCCCCAUCCCCUGCAUAAUAAUGAAUCCUCUAUGCACGCAGUCCAGUGUAAGCAAGAACCCUCUGACUCCCAUACAUCCAGUGUUGUCCCUGUUUCACAUUCUCAGCGAGGGGGCAUUAAAACCCUCAAUCCCCGCAAUCCUUCUAUCAGCCCUCAGACAGGGCGAGCAAACAAACCAAAUGGUGUUAAUUCCACAGUUACAAAACGGCAAAGGACAAUCAGUGGUAAUAGCAAUGGACUUGGUUCCAACAUCACUUCUCCCAAUUCGGUUGGAUCUCGGCGGCCGGGACCAAACGAGACCCUUAAAGGUCACAACAAUCUGCCAACCCCUCCAUUGGUGCCCAAGGGCGCUCCUGGGUUUCCCUAUGCGGGUGAUUUAAACUCACACCUUUACGCAUCAAUUUCAAGUGAAAAGACUACCAUCAAAGAGGAGCCUAGAGGACCUUCAAACACCAAUGGCUCGUCAGGUCUUUCCAGUUACUUAGGCGGUUGGUACCGAGGUAGUGGCGGGAACAACGCGGAGCGAGUGCGAUCUCGAUCGGACAUGCGUGACAGUUUCAACGAUGACUCCAACGACGGCAGCUUGGAUAACAGUCCGCGCAUGGCUAACGAGACGGACCACGAGGGCGAAGAAACGGAAACGGCCAACGAGUGUGAAGAUGAAGAAGACGAGCAGGAUGACGUCGAUCUAGGUCUUCUAGGAAGUGGACGUGAUCUAAACAACAUCGACGAGAGUGUUACGCGCUGUAUUUGUAAAUUUGGACACGAUGAUGGCUAUAUGAUUUGUUGUGAUCGAUGCUCUGUGUGGCAACAUGUUGAUUGUAUGAAUUUGGACCGUAAUAACAUACCCGACGAGUUUUUGUGUGAGUUGUGUCAACCGCGCAGAGUAGAUCGAGCCAGAGCUCGAGCUAUUCAAUACCGUAAACGGCAGGAAUUUCGCCUCACCACACCUCCUCCGUCAAGUAGCCUCGAUCGCACUUCAGCGACUCGUAGAGAGCGGAGUAAGGACAGAACCAAACCCGAAGAUUACAUCGACGUGGAAAAGACCCCAAAAAAGUUUCAGCGGACAUACACCGCCAACAGCGCUGGACCAAAGUAUUCGCGUGGAGGCGCCAAAGGCGGAAGUAGUGCAACCGAUCGAACCGAGAAAUUUCAGCGGACUGGUAAACGAGUCGGUCAGCCAAAAUGGAAACGAAGGGGAAUUGAAAAACAGGAAGAAUCUGUUCCACGAAAAAGAAAAAUGUUUCGCACUAAAUCUUCGUCUGAUGUUAUUGACGUUGGUGGGACGACUUCCUCUGCUACUGAAAACAGUCCAUCAGGAGGUAGAAACCAUCCCAAUGGUGAACUGUUGCUUCAGUGGAUUGACCAUUACGAAGAAGCGGUCACCAAUCAUUAUUCACCCGAGUUAAGAGCUCGCGUAGCAGCUGUCCGACCUAAUGGGUUCGGCGGCGAACUGCUCUCUCCGCCUUCUCCAACGCCUAUUUACCGUCUUGCUAGUAAAGCUGGAGGUUACAAGACGUUAGUUGCCGCAAACCCGAUACACUGUGGGUCGCCAGUAAUCGAAUGCCGUGGAAAGUACAUGCUAGCUAGCCAGCUGAGGCCCUACAAGUCGGGUGACGGCCCUGUACUGAGUGGAUCUGGUGCUUCGGCUCUACGCCCAACACCCCAUAUUAUCUUCCACCACCUACUAGCCAGUAGCAAUGACAGCAUCACACCUGUCGUCGAGAUGUGUGUUGACGGGCGCAGCUACGGCAAUGAGGCUAGAUUUGUCUGGCAGUCGUGUCAACCUAAUGCGGAGAUCAAGCACAAGGUUGAAAAAGGUUCUGUCCAUUUGUUGCUGGUUGCCAAAACUGACAUCCUUGAAAGCGAGGAGAUCACAGUAGCUCACGAUGUGAAAAAUCCUCUGCCCUGCCCAUACGAAGGGUGCCCGCACAUGAGAAACAAGGACAGCGGAGCUCGCACCGGAUUGGCCCCAGCCACCAACCCUUUGUCGGUUUUGUCUCCAGUUGAAGUCGACCGCAAGCGUCGAAGGAGGAGGACUGAUUCUACGGCAACCGAUACUUCUUCCAAUCCCACCAUGGCCAAUCCUUCGGUGACUGGACCAAUCGAGUCGCCGGUGACUACACCGACAGCCUCUGUCCCAGCUGUCCAAACCUCAGUACCUGCGACUCCACCUACGCCGUGUGCGCUGCUACCGACGCCCAUCAAGCGCCAGCAACGCACUCCUUCCAAGGUUUCAGUCGUCGUAACAGAAGGCGAAGAUUCUCAGGACGACAGCAUAAAUCUUCAGGAUGAACCAGACGGGCAAGGCACUUUGGACAACGAAACGUCAUCUAAAAAGAAGAAGCCAUUGUCACGUGAAGAGAGGAAGAUGGAAGCCAUCAUGAAAGCCUUUGAAAGAAUGGAGAAGGCGCAACAAAGGCGUCAAGAAUCGAUAGCCAAAACAACGCAUCGCAAAGAUCCGAGAGAUGAUAAAGACGAUAUAGGCGAUGAAGUAGACCCACCCCCUUCUCAUGGAUCAGGAAAUAAUGCAUCCAUGGAAAAGCGUGUCAUCAUGGUCCAAGAAGCCAGAACCAAAACUUUUCGCAGAGGCCUUUGCAGGAAGCGAGGCGGUCGCAUGCGACGAUCUAGUAGUGGAACCAGUAUCUGCGAAAGUUCGCGCAUACGAAUGCGUGCUUUAUCCGGUGAGGUUCACUCUGGGCAUUCGGCGACUGAAGAAGAAUCCGAGCACGGUGGAAGUAGCAGUAGUCCUGGUCAACCCACUCCAGGCACACCUGGUGAUGAUCCAUCUACCAUGGCUUUUAAAUGCCCCAAGACCAAAAAGGUGGUUUUUAAUCAUUGGACCGGUGACGGCAGUGAGUUAAACGGAAACAAAGGAGACUCCAAUGACCCGCUGGGCGGUUCAAAUUCUCUCUCUCUUUCUGUGCCAGUAUGUUACAUGAGAAAUCCCAACCCACGAAGUCCUACUCGUCCCUUGCGGACGGCCCAUCUUCGGUAUGGCGCGACGACUACGCAGCAAUCAGCACCAGACUCGAAACCUCCCUACAACAUGAUUUUGAAUGGUUGCAGGCCUUCGACUCUUGCUUCGUUGAAAUCAUCGGCCGGCUCAGCUUCUCCCGACCCGCACGGAGAGGGAGGCCACUCGAACGACGAGAACGCCUGGGCUGCUCCUUUACCUGGUAGCGGCGGACCUGGUGGAUCGGCAAAGAAGCGAUGGUUAAGGCAGGCCAUCAGCGAAGAAACGGAAACGGAGUCGCCUGUCGGUGGUGGAGGUGGCGGCUGUCUAGGCGUUGGUGGCCUUGGUCCAGGUGGUAUAGUUCCGGGCAAUGAAGUGUUAGAUCACGUUACUCCCCUUAAAAAGAGACGCUUAGCUCGAGCUUCUAUGUCAUCCGAGACAUCAUUCACGCCACCAUCAACACCCACGCCAUCCAACGUUGGAGUCAUCGGAUCGAAUGAAAACGUUGCCAACGAGUCUGGGUUGCAGCCCUUGAUGGAGAAAGAUGAAUCCAAUGUCGAAUCUCUGUCUGCUGAAAAUAGCCGAGGAACUCCAUCCGAGUUUGACGAUGGACUAGCCGAAGUAAAUCAGACGCAGCAGCAGCAGCGGUCUGGUGGUCACCUAAAUGAAUCCUGUGAUCCGCCCACUCCACCACUGCCGCCUACGUUAGAACUGGCUAAAGGCAACGUCGGUUUAGGUUCGCCGACCAACGGGUACGUCAGCGAGACUUCUCAACAAAUGUGGGCUUCCCAAUCCGAGGAAAGUGUGCCAGUGCAGCCCGAGACAAAUGCUGUCGCCUUUGCAUCAGCCGACGAACACGUCAACGCCGCAGCUGCUCUGACGCAGUUUCACGAAGGUAGCCUUUUCAUUUCAUCGUCUCGACCAACGUGGGAGUUUAGAGCUCCAGACGCCCAGUUUAUGCGGUGUCGCAAUCUUAGUGACGUGCCAGACGCUGUCACAACUGAUGUGAUCCAGGAGGUUAUCCGGGAGGAGAAGCCGAAACCCAUCAAGCGAAAGCUAUCCAUUCUGGAAUAUCGUCAGCGAAAGCAGAUUGCAUUCAGUGAUGGCUCGGAUGCACCGACAAAGGAAGAACGAAACCCUAAUGACACUGUAGAGGCACGAGUGUUCAAGGCACAGCGAGACUCGAUGGCUGAAGAGAAUUCCGACUCUGACGCAGCCAUGUCAACGAGGACCAAAGAUCCGCCGAUUCUCGCGGCGGAUGAUUCUCACUCAAAGUCCGAGAGCACCGCGGAUGAUUCCAACACAAAUUCGUCUUAUGAAGGAGACGAAGAAGCACCCACAUCUAUUUAAAUAAAAAGAGAAAAACAAAUAAAAAUAAGAAGAAGAAAAAAAAAGCUGAAUGAAACAUGACGUCUACACAAGCCACAAGUAAGGGGAAAUGGAGUUUCCCCACCUGGGAUAUUUUGCUAAUUAGUUUGUUGGUUGGUUAACCCGUUUUUUUGCAGACAUUUACCCAGAUUCUUUCCCUUUAAUUUCUCUUUAAUUAUUACCAUUAUUCGAAGUACUCGGAGAGUAGGGAUUUCCGUUUACAAUUUCCUUUUUGUUUGUUUUCUCCACGAAGGGAGAGGGAGUUUUGAGCACCAUCGGGACCGGUUGAACGUCUUUCUCUCUCUCUCUUUCUCACUGAUUCACUUUUGCGCCUUUCCCUCUCGUUUCAUCUCUCGCGCUUUGUCUUUAGACACUCACACACGAUUCGUUCAUAAAAACGAAAAGAUUU